AUUUUGCGUUAUUUCCACCAAAAGGGCAGUUUAUAAGGACUCGUCAUCACAUCUGGAGGGAAACCAGACGAGAGCGGAGAAGAAGCAGCGGCAAAAAAAAUACUGAGACCGAGAGAGGGUUUGUACCGGUCUGUAAUGGCGAUAGCUUUCUCUUCUCCUCUCUUUCUCCGCACAUCUUUAUUCCCGAACUCCCCAUGCCUUUCUGACAAUUCCUUAUUUCGUCCUCGCCUCCGGUUUUCUCCACUCAGGUCCCGCUCCGCUAUUCGUGCCAGUUCAGCUGUUGCUCUGGAAUCAGACUUAGGCUCUCAACAGAAUCAACGUUUGGAGGCUGACUUGUUUGCAUGCCCAGUUUGUUAUGGACCAUUGAUAAGGAAGGGCCCUCCUGGCGUUAAAUUGCAAGCCAUUUACAGAUCUGGAUUCAAGUGUGAAAAAUGCAACAAGACAUAUUCCAGCAAAGAUGUCUAUUUGGAUCUCACUGUUACUGCUGGACUGCAGAACUACAAUGAAGUAAAACCAACUAUGACAGAGUUGUUCAGGAGUCCACUUGUAUCUUUUCUGUAUGAAAGGGGUUGGCGUCAAAAUUUUAUUCUAAGUGGCUUCCCAGGUCCUGAUGAAGAGUUCAAAAUGGCUCAGGAAUACUUCAAACCAGUACAAGGGGGCCUUCUGGUGGAUGUUAGCUGUGGAAGUGGUUUGUUUUCUCGAAAAUUUGCGCAAUCCAGGACAUAUUCUGGAGUUAUUGCUCUUGAUUUCUCAGAAAACAUGCUUCGUCAAUGUUAUGAUUUUAUCAAACAGGAUGAUACUCUUUUGGAUGCCAAUCUUGCUCUAGUUAGAGCAGAUGUUUCUAGGCUUCCAUUCUCGUCUGCAUCUGUUGAUGCUGUUCAUGCUGGUGCGGCUUUACAUUGCUGGCCAUCACCUUCUAAUGCUGUUGCUGAAAUCAGUCGUAUUUUACAAAGUGGUGGAGUUUUUGUUGGAACAACAUUUCUUAGAUACAGUUCUUCUACUCCACAGCUGAUAAGACCCUUCUUACAGAGGGCGAUGCGAACCUAUAACAAUUUGACGGAGGAAGAGAUUGAGGAUUUGUGCACCUCAUGUGGUCUUGUAAACUUCACGAAGAAAGUUCAGCAGUCUUUCAUCAUGUUUUCUGCUCAGAAGCCUUGAGAUUAGGUUUGAUUAAUUUGAACUACCAUCUUCUCCAUAGCUGGCUCUAUCAUACCAUAUUCUACCUUGAUUUGUUGUAUGCCAAUUUGUUUACAUAGAAAUUGCGUUAGAUGAGAUCUAAAAAGGUGAUAAUAGCAUUCUUAAGGACUAAUUAUAGCAAAGGCAUGGUAUUUACUAUACGAUAUAGAAAUGAUUAUUGUAAAUUAUCUUUUACAACUUCGUUAACAGCGAGUAUAGCAACAUCUACUGGCUCGUAUGCAACUAUCCUUGUAUCGCUGGAUUUAUUU